AUUUUAUUUAUUUUUUUCACGUUUUCUUUUGGUUCAGUGAGGCAUAAAUUGUGUGCAAAAAGCCAAAUAACGCUCUAACCCACUCACUAUCCCACGACCACCAUUACACACACUCACACACUGCAACUAACUGCGUUAAAUUUUCCAGAUUCCUAUAUUUUCCGCCACCGGAAUUGCAAGUCUGCUCCCGCCGCUAUCGCCUUCAUAAUUUCAUCAGCUGUUGAACGAGAAUAUUCUGCCUGGGCCGUUGUUCUGCUUCAGAGUUCAGAGCAAAUAGCAAUGGAUAAACGUGGUUGGCCGUGGAAGAGAAAAUCAUCUGAUAAGCUAGCAAUAGAGAGAACUAUUUUUUCUGCAUCAAGUUCUCCAGCAACUACUCCAGUCGUAGCUGGAAAUCAAGCCGACAAGGAAAAACAUGAUAUCAAUAAUAAAAGGCCAAAGCAUGUUAAAAUCUCAAUUGAAUCAUACAUGUACCUAACUGGCUUGGAGGAUCAAGUGAAGUCCUAUGAAGAACAAGUGCAGACGUUGGAGGAUGAAGUAAGGAAGAUGAAUGAAAAGUUGUCAGAAGCCCACUCGCAAAUGACUGAUAAAGAUAACUUGGUGAAAACCUUGGAGGAUGAAGUAAAGCAGAUGAAUGAAAAGUUGUCAGAAGUCCACUCGGAAAUUACUGAUAAAGAUAACUUGGUGAAACAACAUGCUAAAGUUGCCGAAGAAGCUAUCUCAGGUUGGGAAAAGGCGGAUUCCGAAGCUGCCAUGUUGAAAACUCAAGUUGAAUCCGUGACACUACUAAAGCUAACUGCAGAAGAUAGAGCCUUACAUUUGGAUGGUGCUCUCAAGGAAUGCAUGAAGCAAAUAAGAAACUUAAAGGAAGAACACAAUCAAAAGCUGCACGAACUAGUUCGUGACAGAACAAACAUCUUCGACAAGAUGAAGCGCGAACUCGAAUCGCAAAUUUCGAAUUUCGAGCAAGAUCUACUCAACACUGCAUCUGAAAACGCUGCUCUUUCAAGAUCUUUGCAGGAAAGGUCGAACGUCUUGCUUAAGAUAAGCGAAGAAAAAUCACGAGCUGAUGCCGAGAUAGAGUUUCUGAAGGGCAGGAUUGAGAUGUCUGAAAAUGAAGUGAACUCGCUCAAAUACGAGCUUCAUAUAUCUAGGAAAGAGUUGGAAAUACGCAAUGAGGAAAAGAACAUUAGCGUGCGGUCCUUAGAAGUGGCAAACAAGCAAUACCUUGAAGGAGUGAAGAAAAUUACUAAGCUCGAAACCGAGUGCCAGAGAUUGCGGGCCCUUGUUCGGAAAAAACUGCCAGGUCCAGCUGCAGUGGCCCAGAUGAAAUUUGAAGUCGAGAAUUCUAAGCGAGAUUAUAAUAAUGAGCUUCGUUUGAGAAGAUCACCAAGGUCGCCACUGAAACCUACUACUGAAUUUUCGCUUGACAACUCAAUUAAGUACCAGAAAGAGAACGAGCUAUUAACAUUACGUUUAAUGGCUAUGGAUGAAGAGAGAAGGGCUUUAAAGGAAGCAUUGGAAAAUUGUAACAGUUCACUGCAAGCUUCUAGAACUAUGCACACACAGACGGCCGGCAAGCUUCAACGUCUAGAAGCUAAUGCUCAAGUCUCUACCGAAGAUUUCUCCAAUAAGGAUGAAUAUGACGAUAGUGUGAGCUGUGCUGGUUCUUGGACUACAGUUUCUAUUUCUGGAAAUUCCUACUUUCAGAAGGAAAAAACUACCGGCAGUCACCUGGAGCUAAUGGAUGACUUUUUGGAGAUGGAGAAAUUAGCAGACAUGUCGAACGAGUCAAAUGGAACAGUUUUUGGUUCGGAAGUUUCAGUUAAAAACGACCAAAGAUUGCAAAUAGCCAUCUCGCGUCUUUGUGAUUUUGUAAGGACUCUUGGUAAAGAGGCUAAGGCUGUACUAAAAGCAUCCGAUGAUGAGGAUGAACUAAGUGGAGAGUUUGAUGCAUUCAGUACCAAAUAUUCUGAAUCUAUUAACAGCGAGAUCAAUUUAGCCGACUUUGUUCGAGACAUGUCUAGCAUUUUAAACAAGGCAAGUUCAAUGCAAUUCAAUUUCCCGGGAUUUAAGAGCUCUGAUGUGGGAAAUUUUGAUACUUCGGAUUGCAUCGACAAAAUUGCUUUACCUUCGAAUAAUUGUUCAAAGGUUUUGGAUUCCACAUCAGAACCUGAUAUCCUAAGUGAUGAGAAUAAUGUCCCAACCAACGAGUCGAAAGGGGAUUUGGGAAGAUGUUCAUUGGAGGAGUUUGAGAAGUUGAAUAUGGUCAAGGACAGGCUGGAAGCCGAUUUGGCUAGAUGUAGGGAAGAUUUCGAGAGCACCAAGUCCCGUUUGCUGGAAACAGAAAAACUACUAACUGAUGUUAAAUCAGAAUUAGCAUUAUCCCAAAAGUCAAACAGCUUGACCGAGACACAGCUCAAGUGCAUGGCUGAGUCUUACAGAGUGCUUGAAAUUCGGGCAGAGGAAUUGCAGAAGGAAGUUAAUUUUCUGAAUGGGAAAUUAGAGAAUUUGGAUAAUGAGCUGCAAGAGGAGAGGAGGAGUCAUCAAGAGGCAGUUGCUAGAUGCAAUGAUCUAUUGGAGCAACUACAAAGGAUUGACAUUUGUAAGGCUGGGGCAGCUGUUAAGACUAGCCAGGAGAAGGAAUUAGCUUCUGCAGCCGAAAAGCUGGUAGAGUGCCAAGAAACCAUAUUUCUUCUCGAUAAGCAGCUGAGAGCCUUACGCACCCAGAAAAACGUAAGCAGUCAACAGGUUGAAGUCUCGUCCGAGGAUAAAAAUGAUUAUGGUCCAUCUGAAAUUGAUAUGGCUAAUUCAUUCAGUUCCCGUAGAACAAGCAUGACAGAUUACACCUUGGAUCAUCUGCUCAAUGGUCCACCUAGUCCAACCGAGUCUCUAUCAAACGGAUCAAUUACAUCAAACAUAGGAUCAAAGCUUCCGAAAUCUCGUACCACAAGGUCUGGCUCAUCUUCUGCUUCUUCUACUCCCACACCAGAAAAGCAUGCACGUGGAAUUAGCAGAUUCUUUUCUUCCAAGGGAAAAAGCGCCCAUUUGCUUGUUUAGUAUAUGUGUUUUAAUAGUGAUAGCUCCAUUUGUAAAAAAGAAAGACCAUGACUGUAUUUAACUGCUCUUGUGCUUGGUUUUCAAUUUAAGAUUUUGAAUUUUAUUCUGCAUUGCCUAAAUAAGCUUUUUCUCCAGACCGGUCAAUAUUUGUCUUCACGAGAUUAAUAUCUGGAUGCAGCUUUUUGCAAGCAAAUAUAUUAGGAGUGUAACUUUUUCAUAAUAAGGUUGAUAAUGUCCAAUUUCAGAUUGACG